UGUAGUUUAAGAGCUGAAAAUGCACAGACUGGUUCUGGAAGUGUGUCUUCUUCAAACCGUUAUGCAAAACAUUAUUGAAACCUGGGACGGCCAUGUAGAACUGCCCCAUUAUUUACAUAAUCAAGUGCAUGUCAGGUAGGGACUGUAGCUGGUGUUGUGAUUGAAUCAGAUAUUGAACACAGAAAAGAGGAAUAAUUACUUUCCUGCACUUUCUUGUAUAUCGGUUGGUUCGGUUCUGUUUGUUCAGGAUCACAGUGCAACAGAUGGAGAGGUAAGGUGUGGCGUACACCGCCACAGAGGCUGUCUAUUUGUCCUGUCUGAGAUUUGAGCUCCGUUUUGGCUGCUGAGUCCGUCCUCCUUGUUCUUGAACAGGUUCUGUCUUUGUGUUUGACUCAUUUAUGGCGUUCCUCUCUUCUCGUUCAGUUUCACUCUCUUCGCUGUGGCCAGUUAUGUUUUCCGGCUUCAACCUGAGAAACGAUGGCAGCUUUUUCCUCUUUGAUCAUGAAUUUGCUGUACUGAAUUUUUCUCUCUGGCUGUUUGCAGGAGGUCGCUUUCUGUCUCUUAUCAGCUCCUGUGUUUUCUUGUUCAUGCGAGUGGACGAUGGAGCUUCAGUUUUCACCUGCCUCUCGACACUUGAGCUGUGUCUCUGACUGUCAGCUGGUGCUGUCUCUUCUUCUGCUCUGUUUUAUCCUGUUGUUGCUGUUGAUGUUUCACAGAUUCUUGGUAGGUUGACACCAAGAAACGAUGAGACGAGUGGACGCUCAAGUUUGAAAAUCUAUUUUGAAAUACCAAUUUCAAAAAAUCCCAAUCAUCUGCCGGUGAUUUGUCUGCACUGACGUUGAACGCUGCUCUCACUGAUGAUGAGGAUGUUGAGCAUCAUGUUGAAGGGUGUGGUGAGCUGCAGGUAGCAGCGUCACAUACAGACUUUGAGAGUUUGUGUUUUCAGCAUGUUUCAGUGUUUUGUUUUCUGUUUUGAACCACAGAGUGACUGAAGUGUUCGAUGGGGAGGCAGAGGAUUGUGGGAGCAGCAAGCAUUGCUCCAACUGCUGUUGCUCAACAUGUUUUUUUCAGUGCUACCUGAUGUGUUGCUCUGCACUGCAUUGCUUUUCACUUCUUCUUCUGAUCAGCUGCUUGUCUUUGGUGCUGUGCUGGCAAUCAGUUGCUGAUGUUGCUGUGGUUUACAUAACGCUAAUGUUGCACUGGUUGAUGUAAUGCUAAUGUUGGUCUUGUUGACAUGAUGCUAACGCUGCUCUGGUUUACAUGUAACUGGCAUUGCUUUUGUCAAAAUGUUGAUGAUGUUGCUGUUACUGCUCUGGUUGUUAAGUUCCUGUUGUUGCUCCUGAUGUUAACGAUUUGUUGACGAUGAUGACAAUGUGUUGCAAAUUUGCUGGUUGCCAUGUUGUCCAUGUGGUGGUGUUUUACAGCCAGAUGCUGAGGUGCUGCCUGCUGUCUCAGAGAUGCUGGAGGAUCCAGAUCUCUGUGGUCUUGAUGGUCACCUGGUUGCCAGAUAGGCCCGGGGUUGCUGCUUUGUGUUUGCCAGGUGUUGCUAAAGGGUUGCUAACUGGUUGUGUUUGCCGGGUGUUGCUGAUGUGUUGCAGCUGGUUGUUGUUGUUCAUGUACGUGUUGGAACCACCUUGCGCUUGCCCGAGUUCCUGCAGUGGAAAAGCAUCUCUGGUUCUGUGUUGAAGUUUUGAGUUUACUUGUUUUGAGGAAAGAUCGAGUCUAGCUUGGUAGUUUAUGUACACAGAGUGUUGUAGUGACAGUGAGGUUUGCUUUUGGACACGUGUGUCACUUUGUCAGGAAGCAAAGCUGCUCCUGUCUGAAUAUGGUGUUUAUCUGAUGUUUUGAAAGUCUCCCAGUUGGAUUUCUGUUGACAUCCGAGGAGUUUUUCUGUGUUGUAUUGAGCCUAACAGAAGUUUUUUUUUCUAAAUUAUUAAUAAGGCUGAAGUCAUACAUUACACAAUACUUUGCUAACAUUUAACACUUUGUUGCGACUGAUUGAGAGCUAGCUGUUGACACUGAUUCAAAACAACCUGCUAAAUGCUCACCGGAAGCUAAUGUAAAACCUACUGCCGGUCCGUGGUGUGACAGGUUGAAUUCCAUCCAGAUGUUUUGAACAGGAAUGUCUGUUUCUCUGACCUUUUCACCAGGUUUCAGUAUCCUGCAGAAACCCUCUGUCUGUUACAGUGAAACUAUACACACAGCUUAGUUGCAUUGGAAAAGGAUCUAACACAAGGUAUGUGAAAGGUCUGCUGAAACCUGAAAACACUCGCUGGAUAAGAUACAAGCUGUGUGAGUUACUUUACAAAUCAGACUUAAUAAGAAGCAGUACGGAGCGUUACCUGGCCCUGGUGCAUGCUUGCUUAAAAAUAAAAGAAAUUGGUGCAGAUAGCUCAUAGGUAAAAAGUUUGUUAAGACUCCACAAGGAAAGAUAUCGCAGAUGAAAACUGUUUGUUUGUUUUGGCAUGUGAAACACGUUUUAGCCUGUUGAAUUGCUCUAAAAUUGCAAUUUAUAACAUCUGUUAAAGAGAAAAUAUUCCGUGUAUCAGCAGUUUGGUCUUUUCUUCCUUUUGAUAUCUAUGCUAUUCCUUAAUAUGUUUAUUAACUUUCAUGUAUUUUUUACAGCACAAGUUACUAAACGCUGAAGCUAUGUUCGUGCUUAAGAUUGCUUCUGUUGUGUUUUUACAAAAAAUCUGAUGUGCUGCAUGAUCUCGUAAAAGAACAAGUUUCUCAAUACUGACAAGGCUACCAUUUUAGCUUAGUUUCUCUGCCAGUUUUCUCUAAAUUUUGCAAAAUCCCUUCUCCCCCAAACCCUUUCUAAACACCACGAGUUUCCAGAUGUCAGAACCCAAAACUUGGUGUACAGAGUUUAAAAGUGGUCUCUGGGUUAUUGUGAAUAAACUGUAAUCUCAAGGCCAAUUCAUGCGUUCUGCAUCUGUUUGCAUAGACCGAUGUCGCUUUUAAAAGCAGAAGGCGUACAUGGUUCUGUUUGUACUACCAUGAACGCGCCAUUUUGCUAUAAGGACCGUGGCAUUGCCCCUCAUAUUGAACACAAAAGCACAUGGGGAUACAGCAGCUGUUACAGAUCAUGGUGUAGCACCGUGUAAAUGUAAUUAUUCCUAAGGUGUGUCAAGCACAGUGGGCAGACUUGGCAAAAGAUCUCUUGAGAGAAAAGGAGUUCCAACUGUGUUUGGGCUCCAUCGAUGGAAAGCAUAUACAAAUCAAAGCUCAAAGUCCUACAGCAACUACUUCAAUUACAACUCAUUUAUUGAUGAACUAUCAAGGUUUAGAUGAUGGGGAAUUUCCUCCCUCUUCUACAAAAGCAUUUGUUUCGGUUACCAUUUGUUUUCCUUGCACAUGUGCAAUUGGCACGUUUACAGUGCAGACAGUCUGCGCGGUCACAAAUUUUGGGUUGGAUUUGGGUGGAUGAUAACAUUUACAUAUACUCGCGUGAAUGCAAAAAACAUGAAUUGGCCUUAAGCGGUGUUGAUGCCUCUAUUGGCCUGCAAAGACAUAUCUAAGUUUACUGAGAAAACAUCUGGAAACCACUGGUCUCCCUUUUCCUGCUCUUCAUCUGAUGAUAGUGUUGCUUUCUCCCCAGGUUGUAGGGCUGUUGUUUAGCAGUCAGUAUGGCGGUAGUCAUCAGGCUGCAGGGUCUGCCCAUAGUGGCCGGCACCAUGGACAUCAGGCACUUCUUCUCUGGCCUCACCAUUCCUGAUGGGGGAGUGCACAUCGUGGGUGGUGAACAUGGUGAGGCCUUCAUCGUCUUUGCCACUGACGAAGAUGCUCGACUUGGGAUGAUGCGAACAGGCGGAUCCAUAAAGGGCUCCAAAGUGUCACUGUUGCUUAGCAGCAAGACAGAAAUGCAGAACAUGAUCGAACUCAGCCGCCGCAGAUUCGAGGCUGGAGCAGGAGCUGUGGAAAUGGCUGCACCUACAGCGGGGAAUGCUAACCGCCAAGCGGGCGCUGCCCCCAUACCCACAGUGCAGUCUGGGGCAGGAGGGAGAAGUGGUAGCCAUGGAAACCAGGGUUUCAACACCCCUGCCUCUGUGACAGCAGCGAGCUCAUCUCAGGAGCCACCAAGCAACAAGGCAGCAGCCAGUCUGGCCAGCGUGGUGCCCAGUUUCCCCAACAGCUACAGCUCCGCUCCUACACUCACCACAGCUCUGGCCUCACUCAGCGCAGGUCCCCCACCCAUCCCUCCACUUCCCAGCAUGCCUUCCAUGCCCCCUAUGCCCACGCUGCCCACCAUUCCAGUACCUCCUCCAGUGUCUUCCCUCCCCCCUGUCCCUACGGUCUCCCCACUAUCCCAAGGGCCUCCAGUGCCCCCAAUGUCCCACCUCCCCCACAUGUCCUCCUUGCCUCCCUUCAACCCCUCCCUACCUCCUCCAGCAGGACUGGCCUCUGGCCUCCCUCUUGGAACUCCCAACCCCAUGCUGUUCAACCCUCUCUCCCCCUUGGCAUCACUUAAUCUUCAGGCCCAUAUGAAGGCUGCCGCUGCCGCCGCCACAGGGGCAGGCCCGGCUAAUCCCGACGAGCUGUUUGUUCUCCUGCAGAACCUCCCAUUUUCCUGCUCAGAAGUGGAAGUCAGGGAGUUUUUUCGGGGUCUGGGAGUGGAUGGAGUUCGCCUGCUGAGGGAUGGGCAAGGUCGGCCAAGUGGCAGGGCUAUGGUCAAAUUCUUCUCACCCCAGGACAGUUUUGAAGCUGUGAAACGUGGAGGUGGCAUGAUGGGCCAAAGAUUCAUUGAGAUCACUCCAGGCUCUGAGCGUCAAUGGGUCAGCCUCAGUGACAAUGGGACAGGACAUGCCCCUCACAACAGCAGCAAAUCAAAUAACAGCAGUGAAUCACAAGACCAGCAGCACCGUCGUGGUAAUAUUGGGUCAGUAACAGGAGGCAGGGACCAACGAGGAAGGUCACGAUCUCCCCAUCGGCAGGAGUACUGUGUCUACCUAAAGGGCCUUCCCUACGAGGCAGACAAGAAACAGAUUAUGGAGUUCUUUAAGAAUCUUGCAAUCGUGGAAGACAGCAUCUACAUUGCCUAUGGACCCAAUGGUCGAGCCACAGGAGAGGGUUUCCUUGAGUUCAAAUCAGAACAGGACUACAAAAAUGCGUUGGGUGCUCACAUGCAGUACAUGGGCACCCGCUUCAUCCAGGUUCACCCCAUCAACCGAAAAGGAAUGCUUGAAAAGAUUGAUGCUAUCCGCAAACGUGAAGCAGCACAGGGUGAUGGCAAGAGCCAGGAUGGCUUGAAAGCUCCCAGGAAUUGUGCCCACAUCACCAACAUCCCUUACAAUGUCUCCAAGAAAGAUGUUCGCGCCUUCCUUGAGGGCAUCGGACUCUAUGAGGACACUCUGAAGGUCCUGACAGAUAGCCAUGGCAAUGGUUUAGGGCAAGCUAUCUUCCAACUGCGAACUGAGGAAGAUGCCCGCAAAUCCGAAAGACUGCACCGUCAAAAACUCAACGGUCGUGACGCCUUUGUCCACCUGGUGACCUUUGAUCAGAUGAAGGAAAUUGAGAGAAAUCCUCCACCUCAAAACAAGAGGGGCCAACGUAACCAGAACCAGCAGAAUCAUAACCAGAACCAGCACCAACAAGCCCAGCCCAGUGCCCAACAGCCGCAGAUUAACCCAUUUGCUGGUAUUAGUGGGGAGGAGUUUAACUUUCUCAGAAAUACCAUGGGGAACCUCAACAGUGCCCCCUUUGUAACUCCAUUCUCAGCUCCUGGGAAUGGCCUGGCAGGCCCUCCUCCUCUGCCCCCGCUGGCUGCAGGGCUCGGGGACGUAAAUUUGGGUGUAGCUCCCCCUCUAGUUGCUGGUCUUCCUGGAGCACCAAUCUUGGAGCCACCGGGUUUUCGACCUGGAGCUGCAGGAGGAGCUCCGUUCAGCCAGGAUGGGCUAAGAGGCUUAGUGCCCUUUGACAGUGCCAACAGAAAAGGAAGUGCAGGAGGACAGACUCGGGGAGGUGGAGCCAACAACAACCAGGGACGUCCAGGGAGCGGGGCGGCUGGCGGACAGCAGGUGUUUACUCCUGGAGCCGAAGGAAUUCGCAACCAGCCGGCUCCUGGAGGAUCCAACAAUCCCAACAGUCAACGCGGUGCUGCCGGUCCGACAAUAGUAAAACUUCAGAACAUGCCGUUCACUGUAACUGUUGAUGAGAUCAUGGACUUCUUUUAUGGUUACCAGGUGCUACCAGGCUCAGUCUGCUUACAGUUUAGUGAUAAAGGCCUGCCAACUGGUGAGGCCAUGGUGGCCUUCCAGAAUCAUGAGGAGGCUGCUGCUGCAGUCAUGGACCUCAAUGACCGACCUAUUGGAGCUCGCAAGGUCAAGAUAAGCCUGGGUUAAACCCCACCUGAAACAGACAGACUGUAUGUAGGAUUUUACAUCUACCCGAAUUAAUCAUGUAAGUGAAACAAAGCCAACUCAAUCCAUACCUGACUGGGACAAAACUCAACAGUGAGAAGCAAGCCCAGUUUAAACCUUGCCCUAUCCACUGUCAGUCACUAUUGAAGCUCCUCCCCCGUGUGUAGAUAUUGGCAGGUAAGCCCCCACUCCCCCCCCACCCUGCACUCUGUCCAGUAGGAGGACUGUGGUCUAGACUUUGCUCUUUUCUGCAGCUGCUUCACUGACUUUGGUAGCACAAACUGAUGACGGUGCAGCUCUUUGUCCAAUCAUGUUGGAGUUGAUAGACUUAUCACGCUCACCUGUUCUGUUGCUAAGGUAUCAUGAUCACUGUAAAGUGGCUGACAAACAUUGUUGCUGUGCUGCUGUGGUUUCAAAUUUACAUCAUGCUCUGUUGCUACGGUAAUAUCUUAACCUGCUCUGUUGCUAAGGUAAAGUGAUGAACAGCCAUGACAAAAAUGUGUAUGUUCUGUUGCUAUGGUAAACUCUUUACAUUCUCUGUUGCUAUGGUAAAAUCUGUUGCUAUGCUUAGACACGCUGUAGAUGAAAAGCCUUUUCGCUGCAGUGCUCUGUUGCUAUGGUAAAGUCUUCACAUUCCAUGUUGCUAUGGUAAAAUUGUGAUUAAAAAGCUAUGUUGCCCUGAUCAAAUGUUUAUGCUCUGUUGCUAUGGUGAAAUGUUGACAUGUCCCAUUGCUGUGGUAAGAAAUUAUACUGACAUCAAGCUCUGUUGCAAUUGUAAAAAGCUGACACUGUUGCCAUGGUAAAAAUGUCAACGUGGUUCUCUGUUGCCAUGGAGAGGAUGCGGGACGGACAGAUUGCUGAAUCAUGUUUUAUUUUGUAGGGCUGCUGAAUUCUUUUCAUGUGUCUCCUUUUAAUGACGUUGCUGUGUUUGAACAACACCCCCAACACCCUCCCUCCCCUUUUUCCACAGCACAUGCUCAGUAGAUGUUUGGACUGUAGAGCGCCGAGAUGAAGUCCGUAGUGUUUUUAGUUUGGUAGCUUUUUUUUUGCUCUAUGUAUUUUUGGUAAUGUUUUGGAUGUUACCCACCUUAAAGUUCAUUUUUGUUUCUAUUGUCAGUGUGAACAAACUUGUAUGAUGGAAUAACCAUACAUGAUGUGGAGUCUCCUUUGCUUUGGUUAAUAAAAGGACAUUCCUCACUGCGA